CCCUCCCCGAGACUUUGGGCGACAAAGACGUCGUCGUACGCAUCCGCGCCGCGUCCUUGAACUAUCGCGAUGUCGCUAUGCUGCGCGAAGGAGGCUAUCCGAUCCCCGUCAACGAGCGCGAAAUCGAAGGCUCAUGCUGCGCGGCCGAGGUCGUCGCGCUCGGCUCCUCUGUCACGAAGUUUAGCAUCGGGGAGCGUGUUGCGCCGACGGUGAAUCUGAAUUUCCUUUCCGGUGAGGAGAGAGACGCGGAUGUGUGUGCGUUGGGCGGGGAUACUGCUGGUGUGCUGAGGGAAUGGGCGGUCUUCGACGAACAGCAUCUGGUCAAGCUGCCCGGACAUGUUUCGUGGGAGGAGGCAGCCACCAUCACCGGCGUCGGCAUCACCGCCUGGGUCUCGCUGAACGGCCUCGAGCACGUGCCCGAGGGUGCAACCGCGCUUCUCCAGGGCACCGGGGGUGUGAGUAUCAUGUCGCUGCUUGUGUGUCUAGCCGCCGGUAUUAGACCCAUCAUCACGUCCUCCUCGGACGCCAAACUCGCGCGCCUGGCCAAGCUCAGUCCGGAGAUAAAAACGAUCAACUACAAAACCACGCCGGACGUCGCAGCCGAGGUGCUGCUUCUCACAGCCGGCAAAGGCGUCGAUUACGUCCUCAACAACGCCGGUCUAUCCUCCAUACCAUCCGACCUACGCAUGCUACGGCGCUACGGUGGCAGGAUCGCAUUGAUUGGGUUCCUGGAGGGUUUCGAGGCCGGGUGGGAUGCCUCCCUCUUGAUGGGCCUCAUCGAGAAAGCCGCUUCUAUCAAGGGCAUUCUUGCAGGCUCGCGCGCAGAUCUGGAGGCCGUUAGCAGGUUCCUCGAGGAGAAGAAGGUGGAUUUGGGACCGUUAGUGGAUAGGGUGUUUGCGUUUGGGGAGUCGGAGAAGGCGUUUGCCUAUUUGGAGGGUGGGAGCCAUGUUGGGAAGGUUGUAAUUAGGAUGUGAGGAGGUACCCAGUCCAGGUCAGAGUAGCAGAGGGGACAGAAGCAUGCUGUUAGUGUAGACUAGACUGGAUGUGAGAAAAUGUGUGAGAUAAGGAUAUCGAACUGCAUGGCUGUCACUAC